AUGCCCCUCGCGCCCCCGCCCCACAAUCCCGCCCUCUGGGCCGCAGACGCGAACGAGGCCUUCCGCCUCUCCCUCGUCCGCGCAAAGGACGACAAAGCCGCUCUCACCGCCCGCGAGGCCUACGAGGGCUUCCACCCCACCUUUACCUACCCCAUCUUCGGCGAGGACGAGAAGAUAUACGGCUACCGCGACCUCACCGUCGACCUCAAAUUCGCCUCCGGCUCCCUCGCCCAGUUCCUCAACAUCACCUACGCCGAGCGCCUCCCCUCCUCAUCUGCCGUCGACGACAUCGAGGCCACCUUGCGCAAAUUCAUCCCAUCAGAUUACUACACCACCGAGGCCGACUUUCUCGCUCGCGUCGAAGAGGACGCGCUUGCGUUCACCCCGCCCGGCACCUGCGUCCACGCCUAUUCACGCCCCGCCGGCGCGCUCUCCCGCAAGGGCAAGCACAUCGCCAUCCCGCAAUUUCUCAGCCCUGAGGACGAGGAGACGGUCGAGUUUGAAGUCUACCACGUGAGUUCCUUUUGCACAUGGGCGACGCCCCGCUUCCGCGAAUACCACCGCCGCAUGCAACUCUUCGUCCUGCUCUACAUCGAGGCGGGCUCGUACAUCCGCGAGGACGAGGAGACCUGGGAGUUUGUUGUCCUGUACGAAAAACGCAAACGCCGCUCCGAUCCGUCGAUUGCGACAUACCACUUUGUGGGGUACUCGUCGCUGUACCCGUUCUACUGCUUCCCGGAGCGCGUGAGGAUGCGGAUAAGCCAAUUCGUUAUCCUGCCGCCGUACCAGCAAGAGGGGCAUGGCUCCGCGCUCUACACCGCGAUCUACCAGCAUGUCCUCGCGUCGCCGCACAUCGCGGAGCUGACGGUCGAGGACCCCGCGGAGGCGUUCGAGGACCUGCGCGACCGGAACGACCUCAAGAUGCUGUUUGCGAACGAGCGCUUUAUGCGGGAGGCGCUGGGCGAGUGCUGGGCGGGCACGGCGGGCGGGCGCCCGGGUGAUACUGGCGUGAGCAUCGACGGUGGGGGCCGCGUGGGCACGAAUGGCGCUGCGCGCAGCAGGGCGGCAGCGAAGCGGGGGAGGCUGGGCCCGCCGGCGGACAAGGCGUGGCUUGAGAAGUGGCGGAACGAGCUGAAGAUCGCUAGCCGGCAGUUCCACCGGCUGGUCGAGAUGCUGGUCCUGCGGUACCUCGACCCGGCGGACGUGAAGGCGCAGAAGAAAUACCGGCUGCAGGUGAAGGAGCGGCUGUACCGGUUCAACUUUGACGCGCUGUCGCAGCUGGACAAGGAGGAGCGGCAGAGCAAGCUGGAGGAGACGUUCAACACUGUGCGGAAGGACUAUGAGCGCAUCCUCACGCUUGUGCACUGA